AUGGAGGUCAGCAGCGCCACCGCUCGGUUCCAGGACUCCACGACCCAGUUUAAAGAGUACGAGGAUUAUCUGGACUCCAAAGUGACUCCCACGGACAAGUAUUACUUAAAGAGCCGGGAGUUGGCUCGGAAGGUGGUGGAGCACGGCCACAAGGGCACGGUGCUGAGCCGGGAGGAGUUCGAGGAGAAGAAAGCAGCGGCGCUCGCUGCCGAGGUCGCGAAGAUCAACGCUUUGUACAACAGGAGCCGGCCAGUGACACUGGCGAGUGCAGGAAAGGAGCUGAAAGAUAACUUCCUGAAAGCCCUGGCCGAGCGAGAGGAGGCCAACCGCAGUGGGAAGAUGACUUCGGUCAUUUUCAUCAGGGAUCAUAAUACUCUUGGACAGGAAGUGUCUGGCUAUAUAGACUACGCCCACAGACUCAAGACCCAAGAUUUCGAACCAUAUUUCAGCGGAAAGAAGAGGCUCGUGCCAGGAACUUCGGAUUUAUGCUUCUACAACUGGGAGACUCAGAUCUCCGUGUCCAACUCCAGCCCAAACUUUGAGGCGGUGUAUGAAGACCCCAACGGCCUCCUGUUCAAGAACAAGAGGGACAAGAAGAUCCUGAGUGUGGACCCCUCGUCGGGACCUGGUGAGGACUCCAGCAGGACAUUCCUCCAGACGGACCUCCACGUCCAUGUCGUCAUCUACGACCACAACAUCAGAACGGUCUGA